UUGUUAAUAAAAUUGAUACGAACGAUGAUGAUGUGGACAAUACUAAUUUAAAAAAUACAGAUGUAGAUGAAGCCUUUGCAGGUAAAGCUACUAAAGCUGAAGAUGUUACAGAUGAUUUUAAAGCUAGUGUAAAUGGUGUUGGUUUGGAUAAAAUUGAUAUUUUGCAUUUAUUGAACAUUACACCUUAA